CUCUUUACUCUUUCUCUGCCCCCUCACUGAAUCCAACCAUGGCACAACAAAAGUCUUGUUUACCUGAUUCAGAUGAUUCUGAUGCCUCAACCUUUGACUAUGAGGACAUAUUUGAUGUCGAUAAGUCCCAAGACGACCCGGACACUGAUAUAACAGAUUUUGAAGAUUCUGAUAAUGAAUAUGAUGUUGAAGAUCAACUCCGGCUCUUUGAUGGAAAUACUCAUCCAGUAGAGUAUUACCGGCAAUUAUUGCAGAAUUUAAAUGAGAAGGACUUAGAAUGCCAGGAUUACAGUCAAGGCACAAACGUACUUCUCGAUGGUAUUGAGGCAUAUUGGUCCGAGUUUUGCAGCAGUGUACUCGAGGUUACCGACUACCAAGAACACUACAAGUCUAUAUCCCUUCGUCUCCUUCGCACAUUUUUCGAUUGGCUACUCGGGCAGAAGACUAGCCCAAACGGCAGGAAGAAACGAGGAAUAAGGAAACUAAGUUCACUGGGCACAUAUUGGAAAGUUUUUCGACUCGCCUUCGAGAGAGCCGUAGGCGAGAAAAUAUGUCCAAAGUUGACUCGGGGUAUGCACAAGGUCUUAAGAGCCUUAGGCAAGGACCACAACUUAAGCAGCCAGAGGCGAAUGAACCGUUGUAUGACGAUCGACAACCUCAAAGAACAGAUUAAGACCGUUUUGAGCACAACAAAGAAAUCAUUCAAGCUUGGAGAGAUAAGGAUCUAUCUCGUACUAUUCCUCCUCCUUAUGGCUCCUGCUGGUUCACGUCCGACUUCUAUCUUACGACUUCGAUAUGGAGAUAUUCGGCUUGUGCGAGCAAGGGAUCCGGAAGGCGGACCGCAUAAUACACUAAUCCAAUUUUCUCUGGAAUUUACAAAAACAUACCUUGGAGAGAAGGAAACGAAGACAUUCACGAUCCCUGAAAUCAUAUUUGACCCUUCUCUGAUGUUAAGUCCUCAUGCAUUUCUCUUGGGAAUCCUCUUCCGCCAUCAAGCAUUCCAGUCACCUAGCCUCACCUCAUCGCAACAACUUGAUAAACUCGAUAUCCACCCAGGAGAGUUCGAGUUACCGCUACCUCUGAGGGAUGACCUGAAGGACGUUUGUAUAUUUAGACGACCAGUUGAAACGUUGACAGGAUACUCGAUUUCACCAGAUCAACCUAUAUCCUAUCAGAUGAUGGCGAAUUGGAUUCGAAGGAUAGGGGUGCUCUUGGGUAUUGAAUAUCCCACGAUAUCAUAUAACCUACGUUAUAACGCAGCAAACAGUCUUGAUCAGAGCGGUGAUAUUAGCUCGGCGCUUCGGAACCUUACGCUAGAUCAUGCCGACUCAACUCCGUUCCAAAGGAAUUAUCUCACCCGCAAUGUCUCAGCCGAUAUUUGGGGUAUUAUCCGUGGACAAACAACACCUCAACAUGCGCUUGUCAAGCAGGCCUGUAGCCUCGGUCAUUCCAUGAGCAAACGGCGUCCUACAGACUUGACACCUGAGCAGGCCGCAUCUAUCAACACCAACCCGGAAAUUAAAAGUCUGAAACGAGAUCUCAGAAAAUUCCCCCUAAAGUCAGAGGAGCGCAAGAAAGGUCAACGGAGACUGAAUAAUGCGAAACAAAGGCUGCGGAGGUCACUUUGUCAUGAUACUAGACACCGUUGGACCGAUGAGCAAGCAAAUGCUGACAUCGAACACCAACUCAAUGGGGGCAAGUUUCCAAGCUCUACCGACCUCCUUCCAGAAUCAUCUUGUCGUCCUCAACUACCAGCGCAGAAACGAUUGCUACAGGCACUGGAAUCUCCUAUGGCUACCACACUGAAGGGCCAAUUAAAACAGAGGAACGAUGUCAUUGAUGCAAUUAUUGCGUUCUGUCCUGUGGAGGAAGGUUGUACGCAACGUCAAAUACGUACUUCAGCAGAGGUUUCAACUUGGAGUAUGCCGGCUUCACAACUGCACUCUUUUAUACUUGCUAUCAUCAAGUCAGUAAUUGUCACAGAGAAAGAUGAAAGACCGACAAGGUGCUAUCUGUGCAUUGGUAUAGCAAUGGAUCUGUCGUUUGAUGAUCCUCGUAUCGAUGACCUCACGCGGGAUUUUCACUCUUCCACUGACCUCAGCAAGCACUUGAAGAGAAAACACUGGUCUAAAUUGCGGGAUGACGAGAAAAGCAAUUGUAAUAUUUGCAAGAUCACACUGGACAACAAAAUGCAUGCAAAAAGCCAUGCUCGGGCCAAGCACGGCUCGGUGUCUCCUAAAGAAUGA